AUUGUGGGAGACAAUCCAAACAAUCCUUUUGUUGUAUUAAAGACAGCUGAUGAAAUCAAUUUGAAUGACCUUACAGCAUCUGACGAAAGUAAUUCAGAUGGACCAUAUCAACCAUGUUCGGACGGCCUCGAUGAUGACACUUUUGUUGAACCUGACGACAACAAUUUUAGCGAAAUCAAGAAGAGGAGAACCAAAUAUACUCGCGAUUGGUUAAUGGGACCAGGUAUUAUGAAAUUCACAUUAAGUACUAACUGA